CAGGAGGAUUCGCAGCGCUCGGGAGCUGUGGCCAUCGAGAUGGACGCGCGGACGAGCCAACAGCUCCAGCUCAUCGACGAGCAGGAUUCCUACAUCCAGAGCCGUGCGGACACCAUGCAGAACAUCGAGUCCACCAUCGUGGAGUUGGGCUCCAUCUUCCAGCAGCUCGCACACAUGGUCAAGGAGCAGGAGGAGACGAUCCAGAGGAUCGACGCCAGCGUGGACGACGCUCAGCUCAACGUGGAGGCAGCACACGGAGAGAUCCUCAAGUACUUCCAGUCGGUCACGUCCAACCGGUGGCUGAUGGUGAAGAUCUUCCUUAUCCUCAUCGUAUUCUUCAUCGUCUUCGUCGUCUUCCUGGCCUGA